AUGGCGAUGUACGAGCGCCUACUGUCCACAUACCAACUUGUGGCUUUUCAAGAAACGAAGUUCGUCAAACAAGACUCUAUUCAGACGAAUGAGCACUUCAUUUUUUCGACGGAUUCUGGGGCCCAAUGCUUUUGGUCCGAUACGACUUCGCCUGUUUUUAAUGAGCGUCACGGCGUCGGGCUCGUGCUUUCUUCUGCGUCUCCUUUUCAAGACGUUCGAGAUUUGACUUCUAGCAUCUGCACCUCGCAGCUCAAGAACCGCUAUUUGCUUCUUCAAGCCAAACUGGGCGAUGACCCAGUCUUUAUUCACGUGGUUUACGCUCCCGAUGAACCUGCCGAGCGCGGUGAAUUUUUCCGAUUGCUGCCGACCGUGUUUGACGGCUUCGAUAUGGAUUGCUCGGUCAAACACAUUGUUGUUGGGGAUUUCAAUGUCACCUUGGAUAAUUACCUGGACCAAAAAUUACCUGGUCUCCAUCACCCUGGUACUGGACGUGAAGACCUUCAUGCUUGGCUGGACGCUCUCGGUUUAAUGGACUCUUGGCGCCAUAUGAAUCCCGACGGCCGAGACUACACUAGCCCCAAACGCAAGAACCGCUUGGAUUAUUGCUUUCUUACCGUUGAUCUGGUACAGGAACACUUGGAUAAAGUAUGCCACACCACCCCCUUGGCGCUGCCCUACUUGGCUUUUGGAUGA